AUGGACACUCUACAUGAAGCUCACCCAGGCAUAACACGUAUGAAGUCGGUAGCACGCGGAAUGGUGUGGUGGCCGAAUAUGGAUCUUGAUUUGGAAGAAAAGGUCAAGACAUGUGAAAUCUGUCAGCAGAGUCGUCCAGUUCCUCCCGAAUCGACACUACAUCCUUGGGAAUGGCCAGAGAAACCAUGGAGUCGUCUACACUUAGACUAUGCAGGCCCGUUCCUUGGAAAGUUGUUCCUUGUUUGCAUAGACGCUCAUUCGAAGUGGUUAGAAGUUGUUCCACUUAACAGUUCGACAUCGACUGUAACCAUUGAGUGUCUGAGACGGAUGUUUGCUACUCAUGGGCUACCGGAGACAGUUGUCACAGAUAAUGGGACUUGUUUCACAAGUGACGAGUUCACGGUCUUCAUGAAGAAAAAUGGUAUCCACCACCUCUGUGUCGCACCUUAUCACCCAGCAUCGGAUGGCUUAGCAGAAAGGGCUGUUCAAACAUUCAAGAAUGGAAUGAAGAGAAUGACAGAAGGCAACAUCGAGACAAGAAUCUCCCGUUUUUUUGUUCAAGUACAGAAUAACCCCACAAACUACGACCGGAGUCUCACCAGCUGA